AUGGCGACUGUGAAAGAGCGAGCUGCUGCUUUAAACCUUUCAGGGAAGCUGUUCAGCCCCAUGCCCCACCCUGCUGAUCAGCAGGUGUUUGCUAAUCCAUUGCCAGACCAGCUCAUGUGGAGCAGACUGAUCUCUCACCUCCAGUCAGAGGAGGUGAAACGGCGACGUCACUUCCUGAAAUCUCAUGACAAUUGCUUUGUAGGCUCUGAUGCAGUUACUGUGAUCCAAGCCUACAUAAAGCAGAGCAAGGUUUUGGGGGAUGCUGAAGUGCCCAGGUCCAAAAGCAUUGCGUGUGUGAGGCCAGCACUACUGGACUGCAAAGUGCUUGAAGCAGUAGCGUGUAAAACGUUUGGGAAGGAGAGCAAGCUGUCGGAGUUUCAGGACAGCGUCAGCAGCCUGUACCGCUUCCUGAAAACCCAGAGCCCUGUGCUGUGCAGCGCAGAAAACGUUAUUUCUUCUUCCGAUAAUGAGAGAAAUGUGGACAGCCAACAACACAGGGAUGACCCACUGUUCACUCACAGUACUCCAGUAAAAUCAGGUCACAUUAUGAACAUCCUGCUGGAGGAGUUUGACCUUAGCCUUAGCUUCCUCCAUCCUGCGUGUUUACCACCAUCAGUGGUCAGUAAGGUGUGGCAGGAGCAGACUGUUCAACGUCUGCUGAAGUUGAUUGAGCUCCCUCUGCUGGACGGACUGUUGGACUGUGGAGUGUGUCCCCUAUUGGCUGCCAACAAUAAUGAACCGGACAUUCUCUACACCAGUCACUACCUGGAUCGAGAAAUACUGAAGGCUUUUAAGGAAUCACAAAAUGAUGAGUGGCUGUUGGCAGCAUUAGAGCUGAUGGACUUUCUGCCAGACCAGCAAGUGGUAGAGGUGAGCAAAGAGCUCCCGAAGUUUUCACUGGAUGAUGAGGGUGAUGAACAUGGACAGUGGAGCCCCACAGGCAUCCAGCAAUGCAAAACUCUACUGUUUGAAAUUCUGUCUAAACAUUAUGGACAGUCCAGUUUCCAGCCUCUUCUCCCUAGUGGACUGAAUGAUGUCUGCAUACAGAUUACUGAGCUUUUGGUGAACGGGAAGUUCGACGUGGCUCUGGAGGUGUUACAGCUGUGUCUGAAGUUGCUUCCUGUGGCUACUAGAGAGGAGCUGUACAGGUUGCUGAACUUCAUGUCGCUGGCUGCAGACCCACAACAGAUCCGUCUUCAUAAAGGGAACGAGAAUCGGAUUCAUGUGAAGAAAGCGUUUUGUCGAGCCAUAAUACAAAGCAAGAGCCUUUCAAAAGGCAAAGUAGACUUAAUGUUGCUCUUCAUGCUGGAUAACUAUGAGGACAUCUUCAAGAUCCCAGGUUCUUUGCACAGGCUGGUCAGUGACAAACUGGAUGACAUUGUGAAAAAGAAGGACCCCAACACACAAGGCCCUGCAUUCUGUCAGCACAUUUCAAGCAGCGUGUACCACGACACUGUAAAAAACCUGACAAAUACGGAGUUGUUUGUACUGCUCAGGAAUAUCGAUGAAAAUACAAAGUACUCCGUGAAGGAGAAGAAUAGACUGCUGGCACAGUUCUACAAAGGCCAUCCUGACAUUUUUGCUCAGUAUUUUGGGUCCAGACUGAGCACAAUCAGCUUGUCUGAAGUGUAA